AGUUUACCGCAAAUAGUUUUAUGAUUUUGGCGCUUUUUUUGUCUGUUCUCAGAUAUUUUAUUUUCAAUGGUUCUUUGAUAACUGAGAUUUUCGGUGUGUGCAUCGGUUGACUAAUAACGGUGCAGGAUGAAGUUCAAUUCAGCAGUGUCUUCCUCAAGGAGGAAAAGUCGUAAGCGUCAUUUUACUGCACCGUCUCAUAUACGUCGUCGUCUGAUGUCUGCUCCAUUGUCCAAAGAAUUGAGACAAAAAUACAACGUUCGUUCUAUGCCAAUUCGUAAAGACGAUGAAGUUCAGGUUGUACGUGGUCAUUACAAAGGCCAACAAGUAGGAAAAGUAAUCCAAGUUUACAGAAAAAAAUUCGUCGUCUACAUUGAACGAAUCCAACGUGAAAAAGCUAACAGUGCCAGUGUUUACGUUGGUAUUGAUCCAUCAAAGACUGUUAUUGUCAAAUUGAAAAUGGACAAGGACCGUAAAAAGAUAAUUGAUAGACGAAGCAAAGGACGUGCUGCUGCAUUGGGUAAGGACAAGGGUAAAUACACCGAAGAAACAACGUCUGCUAUGGAAACGUCGUAAAAAUUAUCUUUUUUAUAAUAACAACAACAUUCUGUAAUAAAAAUCUCGUAAAAAAAAUAAACACACUAAACUUAA